GCCAGAUAAACCACACAGACACACAGAUAUAUACUUAGACACCUACUUACACAGACACAGACAGACCACAUAAGAAAGAGCUCCUCCGUGCCAUUGUCCCCAUCUUCGCGAGACGGCUCAUUUCCCUUCAGUUCUUCCACCAGAACCACCGCCAAACAUCCCCAUCAGGUUGGCGAAAAUCCCCGUAUCCUCCUCCUCACUACUCGACUCGUCGCUUGUGUCCACGAUGGUCACUGGCGGCUGCACCUGGGAGGGAGGAGACGGUAUUUUGGCGGGCUGAGGGGGAGAAGCCAUCUUGCCCAUCUUUGCCGCCUUUGCCGCGGCUAGCUGCGGGCCUAGGUACUUGCCCCGAGGUGGAGGCAGUCGCAUCUUGGGUGCCGCAGGCUUGGCUGGUGAUGGCUCUGGAGAUAGCUGCGAUGCCUGUGGUAGCGUGGCUGGGCGCGUUUGUGGACUCUUGUGAUUCUCGAGGAGACCACAGGGUUCCUCUGGUUCAGCAAGUUGUGUCUCCUCCUCUGUCUCUAUUUGAUGGACGACGGCCUCGUAUCUUCGUGUCGAUGGCUGCAACGGCUGUGUCUCCAUUUGUUCCAUGGGCAGUUGUCGGUCGCCUUGCUCUCUUUCCUCCUCAGGCGCAACGACAGUGGGUAGGUGAGACACGACAGCCGUCUUGAGAUCGGGCAGCCUCUCCACCUGCAUUAGUCCAGGCAAGCCCCCGAUUAGCUCUUCCGCCACCUCACCCGCAGAGACGGUCGCAUGCUGCUUCGCCGACGGCCGCACCAUCACACAUGCACGCUGAUCCGUCCGUGCAGCAGGCUGGGCGAAUGUCAGAGGGGUGGAGUAGGGAAUGGGGAACCGGAAGGGCGGCUGAUGUCGGGUCGUCGGUGGCAGAUAUGUGGAUGGCAUGGGAGCGGGGUAGUACGUGGGGGACUGAAGGGUCGUCCUCACCGUUAUGCCGUCUUCGAAGUGCUCGUGCUCUGAGGGAGAAGGCGAUGACAGCAGUGGCGGGGGUGGUGUCUCCGCAGCAGUCGUCUGCUGCUGGUGGUGUCUCUGUCUCGGCUGCAGGGGCGGCUUAUGGGUGCCACGGUACGGUGGUGCAGGUAAGGUGAUGUUGUAGGACACGAUCUGAGGCGCCUGUGCCGCAAGAGCAGAAGCCAUCUCCUUCGCCACGUCAUGCGGGGCUGUUGGAGCUGCUGAUGAGGGAAGAAUGACUUGAGUCACUUGAGGGGCUGUUGGCCGCAGCUUCUCCUCUCCCGCACUGUCUUCAUGCCUCCUGCGCGGCGGUGACUUUCUCCUGUCGUCUUUGGGUGCAGUGGGGGGAUUUCCAAAGGCAGGAUAUGGGAAGGGCACGUGUAUAGGGUAUGGGGGUGGCGGAGGGGGCGAGGGUGCUGGAGGGGUCUGUGGCAGAAUCACUUGUGUGAUCGGUGGGGGCGAGGGAGGGGGAGGAGCAGCAACAGGUGUCUCUUGCCCUCGGAUCGGCCGCUCGUCUGCUGCCCCCCGUGUCCUCAGCAAAUCACGGAUCUCCCGCAUUUUGUCGUGCAGCCGCUCGGCUCUCCAUCGGGCUUCGUCAUCCUGUCGCCGUCUCCUUUCCUCUUCCUCUCUCUUUUCCUGCCGCCUCUGCUGCUCCAUUAGUUCUCGAUGCUGGCCUUGGAUGGUAUCCCGAAGCUGUGAGAGCUCCAGCUGCAUUUGAUGGUACUUCUCGUCUUCUGAGCGGGACAGCUGUUGCAGCCUGUAGCUUGGGUCCGUGUGCUUCUGUUUUUCCUCAAGCUGGGCAGCUUCGAGCCUGUCCAGCCUGCUGAGUAUAUGUCUCUCCAUCUCAUGAAGCUCGGCGCUGGUUUGCGUCGACAGCAGCGUCUGCUUCAAGUUGGUCAUCUCCGAGGCCAGCUGCUGGGUCAAGAUAGUAGGCAGAAUGUCUGGUCUUUCCCUUUGGGCUUCUUUCCUCUCUCUCUCGUCUUCUGGUCUUAAUUUUGGCCGCCGCGAAGUCACGCGUAUGUGUCCGGUGGUGGUGGGUGUCUCAUCUCCAGCAUUGACGUUUGGCAGGAGCUCGAAGGACGGCAAGGCGGAAAUACUGGUCUUGCUGUGAGGGAUGAUAGGCCGCGGUCGAGCCGGUCGAGGUGGAGGUGGGGGUGGCGGUCUGUGUCUUGUUCGAGUGCAUCGCUGGAUCUUGACUGCAGCCUCGACUUGCUCUGCCAAAGCAUCCAAGUCUUGGUAAUCGGGACACAGAGCGGCUCUGAAACCAGACGGAAGAGACAUGUCAUAGAUGGCCGAGUGCAAUCGUUGCGCUCUCACCUUGGGAGCUUUUUUGGCUGUCCAGGCAUCACGCUUCUCCUCACCAGUCUUCGCAACACGUCAUACUCUGCCAGCAGCUCCUCUUUACCCGCAUCAGCCCCACUCCAUCUCACCAGAUACUUGUCGAUCCCUCUUCUCUGGUCCCUCACCACCUCCACUACCCUCCCAUAAACCCAUCUCCGGCCGCGCGUCCGUCUCAGUAAAGCACCGAGAAGCGGGUUAUACCUCUCUUCUGCCGUGCCCGGAGCAUCAUCUGGUGCAAAUACGGCCCCUCGGCUGUCAUUAAAAGUGGACGGGCGGGCGAAAGGGGCAAUGGUGGGGCGAGACACUGUUGUUGCGGACGGACGUGAUGAAGGGACAGGGGAUGGGACGUUUCGAAAGACCACGCGUUGAGCGUCCCUUCCUCUCGUGUCAAGGUUGGCGGGCGGCAGAGGGGGGUACGCCGGCCCCGUUUGCAUUUUCUCGUCUCGCUCAGCAGCAGAGUGACCGGGCGAGAGCUCGGCCAGCGUCAAGCCUUGCAGGGGAGGCAGCUCCUCACCGAAGCCAGCCUCCAACGGACGCAAUGGCGGUGGAGUGGGCACGUCGGUCAGCACAGGCUGGGGGGAGGGCGUAGAUACCGAGAGGGCCGGGGGUGGUGAGGCUGGUUGGGACUUGACCGCUCUGACGUGCCGUUGAAUCGUGGUGGCCGCUUCGAUUCGUUCUGCAAGAGCGUUGAGGGCCGCAUAGGAGGGAUGAAAGUGACCCCUGGGAGACACACAUUCACAGAAAUGCAUCGGAGAAGGCCUGCAUGCCCCUAACACUAACCUCCGCACGGCCUCACAUCUUGCCACAACGGUCUGCAAGACCUCAAAGUCAUCCCACCAUCCGUCCAUCCCGCCGGACGUCACCACACAAUAUUCUUCCGCCUCUCCAUCACCUGCUCGUCGCACAUCCAACACCCUACCGUACUCUCCUCGGCCAUCGCUGUGGGAAAUCCUAAUAAAUGGCAUUGAACAAGGGGUGGACGCCUUGCAGAUGUGUGUGGUCAGGAGAGGCUCGUGUCUCAGUGGGAGCGCCAUGAGGUUUUGCCGUCCUCAUUCUUGCUGUCGUUUCAAUCUCUAGUUGCCGGGGUUUCUUCCAUGCAGCCUUCUUGACCCGCUCUUUAUAUGAUGGCUUCCCUCUUGGGCUGCCCACGCGAAUCCUUCUAGGCAUGACCCAAGACAUCCUCCUCAGUGGCUGGCGAGUGACAGGGACUUCCCAUAAGACUGCCGCCUCUUCCUCAGGCUCUUCGGCGGGCAAAUGCUCCGUUAUAAUAUCCCUUCUCAUAUCCUCCGUCACCAAAGCGUUUCUUGGUCUCCUCAAUAUCUCUUCUGUUCCC